AUGAUUGACGAUGCAGAUAUACAUCAGUUACAGUCCAAGAAUGCCGUGCUAAAGAACAAUUUAAAAAAGUUGAUACUCGAGUCCAAUGAUGAUUAUACAGAUAUGGACAUAAUGAAACAAGCGAUGAAUGAUUUUGACAAAGAAAACGAAGACAUUGGAUUCAGAUCAAAACAUAUGGAGAGUCUACGAAAGAAUAUUGAUGCAAUCAAAAGUACACAGUAUGACUUGCCUUCUACGGCUUCUCUUAAAGAAGUGAGCCAGAAGAUCGUAUCACCCACAGAGAGAGAGACUCAGAAAUCGAAAGCAGAAAAUCCAAAGCCUAAAUUAACCUAUUCACCUCCUAGGGUAGUAGAUCCUUUGGAAAGCUCUCCAAAGGAUAACCUAUUGUUGAAUAAAGUUCUAUAUCAGAAAGAGUUAAUACUGAAUCUCAACCAACAACUUACGUCGGCCAAGGCAGAAAGUAAAAAGUUAAAGGAAAAGAAUGGUGAAUUGGUUUCUAUCAACCAAGAGCUUAUUCGUGAAAGAGAUCAAGAAAUUACGAGAAAAGAGAAGUCCAUCCUGCGGGAAAAUGAGAUUUUAAGAGAAGAAUUCAAGCAUUGUCAUGAAAAGGUUCGCCGUUUGAAUCAAAUAAUAUCAGAGAAGGAGCAUAAUCUUAAACUUAUUGAUAAGCUUAAUAAACGACAGGAUGUGGAGCUUGAAAUUUUGAAAUACGAAUUAGGGGCUGCAGUCCAAUUGGUUGAGAACUUAAGGUCAGUAAAUAGCUUUACCAAGUUGUCUUUCUAUGAUCGAUUUUCAAGUUUUCGAAGGCAGUUUUUCUUGCUUAGCGAAUUUAUUCAAAAUGACUUCAAAGCUCCUCCUGUCUUGUCAGAAUGCAUAGAACAUCGAACAUUGGAGGAAAAUACUACGGAUUUAUUGUUACGAGACAACACCACAAAAAAAUUGCUUGGUGAACCUGUUAAAAAAGUUUCACCAAAUAUAGAUUCCAUCCUAAUGACCUCCAGCUUUUCAGAAAAUAAGGCGCAAAAAUCAUUUAGAGCAUAUAUUAAAGCAGUUCAAUUUAUUAUAAGAAUUCAACGAGAUGCUAAAAAAAGAAAACUCGCCAGGCAAAGAAUCGUCAAUUUGCAUCCGGUACAUAGACUGCAAGAUCGCUAA